UUCGAAGGAAACGUGUCAAGCUCUGGGUGUUCUCAUCACUGUGGUUUGCCGUUCCCAUGCCCUACUCUUCGCAGCCGAUCCCAUUUCCCCACCCCGCCUCCGUUUCCACCGUCGUCUCCCUUCCUCCUCUUCGUGCUUCUUUCAGGGUUUACACCCUUGUUAACGGCUAAAUUCCGAUAGAUCAAAGCAUGCUUAGUUCUUGUUAGGACUGGAUUAGGGCAUCGGCAAUUCAUUUGCUUGAAGAAACCCUUUCGCCCCGAGAAAUUUUAGGCUGAAAUCCCUUUCUCUUAUAAUAAUUUCUUCUGCAGAUAUGAGUCGCAUAUGAGAGGUGUAUAUUGUUCGUCGAUGACGUGGAGCUGGAAGAUCUAGUGAUGUCCUACCACGGAGGGAGUAGCCUCGGCGACGGCCAUCUGCAGAUGCAAUUCGAGCAGGAGCAGGACCUUGAGCUACACGAUGAUACCAACGGAGACAGGUCCGAGGGUCCUUCCAGAUGCCUUCGAUGCGGCAUCAACGCGAAUGCAACACCACAUAUGCGCCGUGGGCCUGAUGGACCGAGGACCCUUUGUAAUGCAUGUGGCAUUGCUUGGACAAAGCUGAUGGACCAUUAUAGAGUUUUAUACAAACAGGGCAAAAUGAGGAGAAUGAUUAAUUCAAAUGGCCCUGUGGACGACGUUACAAUAGCUAAGUUGGUACCUGAAAUUGACAUGGAAUUUGAAAGUGAAGAAAAGGCAUAUGAAUUUUACAAUAAGUAUGCAGGACAGAUAGGUUUUAGUGUGAGAAAAAGUUCAUCUGGUAAAUCGUCUGAAAACAUUACUAGGUCUAGAACCUUUGUUUGCUCUAGACAAGGUUUCCGUAAGGACAAAAAGGGAGCUAAGGAAGUCAAGAGACCCAGACCAGAAACAAGAAUUGGGUGCCCUGCACGAAUGACAAUUAAAAUAACUCCAAAUAAUAAAUACCGAGUGACAGAAUUUGUUGCAGACCACAAUCACCAACCAGCACCUCCUUCAACAACCCACAUGUUAAGGUCUCAACGAAUAACCAUUGAGCUACAGGCUGCUGAAGCAGAUUUUUCUGAUGAUUCUGGAGCAACUCCAAAAUCUACCAAUGAGACUGCACCAAGGCCAAUUGGUGGCCCUAGAAAUGUCAAGUUUCUUCCUGCAGAUUACAAAAAUAAUCUCCGAUCAAAACGCAUGAAGGCCAUGCAGACGGGUGAUGCUGGAGCUGUGUUGAAGUAUCUUCAGAGCAUGCAGCUUGAUGAUCCCUCCUUUUUUUAUGCUAUUCAAGUUGAUGAGGAUGAUAAGUUAACUAACAUUUUCUGGGCUGAUGCAAAAUCUAGAGCGGACUUCAACUACUUUGGUGAUGUUGUGUGCUUGGACAUGACUUACAAAAUAAAUGGGUAUGGUAGGCCUUUCGUACUGUUCCUUGGAGUUAAUCAUCAUAAACAAACAACUAUCUUUGGUGCAGCAUUGAUGUAUGAUGAAUCACUAGAAUCUUUCAAAUGGUUAUUUGAGACUUUCAAAAUUGGGAUGCAUGGAAAGCAACCAAAGACAAUAUUGACAGAUCAAUCUAUCACAAUUAUUAAUGCGGUAGCUAUAGCGUGGCCUGGAACUAAUUAUCGCCAAUGUGUAUGGCAUGUCUACCAGAAUGCUUUUAAACAUCUUAAUCAUGUAUUCCAAGGUUCAAAAACUUUUUCAAAGGAUUUUAGUAAGUGUAUCUAUGAUUACAAGGAAGAGGGAGAGUUUUUAUUAGCAUGGACUUCAAUGCUAGAGAAACAUGAUCUCAGAAAUAAUGAAUGGUUAGUCAAAUUAAUUGAGGAUAAAGAAAAAUGGGCCUUACCAUAUGGCCGAGACAUAUUCUGUGCUGACAUAAAAAGCACACUACAGACUGAAAGCUUGAGUACUGUGCUAAAGAAGUGCUUGAGUCCUCAGCUAGAUCUCUUAUCAUUUUUCAAACAGUAUGAGAGAAUGUUGGAUGAACAUCGAUAUGCAGAAUUACAAGCUGAUUUUCAUGCAAGUCAAAGCUUUCCAAGAAUACCUGCUUCGAAGUUGCUCAAACAAGCUGCUAAUAUGUAUACACCUGCGGUAUUUGAAAUAUUCAGGAAGGAGUUUGAGAUGUUUAUGGACAGUAUGUUGUUUAGUUGUAGCGAGGGGGAGACAGUAUCUGAGUACAGAGUUGCUGUUCCUGAGCAACCUAAAGAACACUAUGUUAGCUUUGACCCCAGCGACUGUUCUGCAUUCUGCAGUUGCAAAAGGUUUGAGUUUAUGGGGAUACAGUGUUGUCAUGUACUGAAGGUUCUUGACUUCAGAAAUAUCAAGGAGUUGCCUCUUAAGUAUUUUCUUAAAAGAUGGAAAAAGGAUGCAAAAUCUGGGGAUGAAUGCGAUCAUGAAUUGCCUGCAAAUGAUGGAGACCCCAAGUCACCUACAGUUUCAUCUCCAAAUGUUCCAGUGACAUCAUCCUAUAUGCAACAGCAGGCUUUCCUUGGCAUGGGUCAAUUUAAUCAAGAUCCCUCGGUUUCCAAUUUCCAUCAGCACUCAUUCCAUGCCAAUUCUCAAUUAAAUCAGGGAUAUGCAGCUGCAAAUAUGCAUGCACAACCAUUUCUUGGGAGUUCCCAUUUGAAUAAUCAGACAAGCAAUCGAGACCAUUGAGACAUUCUAUUCUGAAAGCUUAAUCAUCAUCGAAAUUUCUCAUAUGAAAUUUUGUAAUCCAGGAAUCUAAAGGAACUGCCCUGCCACCCCUUGUACACAUUGUGUAAGUCCCCUCCUAGAGAUCUCAAAUUUUUGGCAUUGGCCAACUUAAGUUAGCUUCCAGAAGGAGAUGUAAAAGCAUCUCCCUUUGGAAACAUGUAAACCUCCUAAAUUAUGGUAGAUGUUCCUGUCAUGGCGAAGGCUAACGUGUUAUUUUGCCUGUGUUUCAGUUUAUUGAAUAGUUUGCCUAACCUCAUAAACAUGUAUGUAUCAUAACUUGCAUUUGUUUCGUUAUUAUCUAGUUCAAAGAGUUUAGUUUUUGUUA